CAUUAGUCAUUAGUCUUCAGUAGUAGUAUCGAUAACUGGAAAGUACUUUGUUAACCUCUAAAACGUAACUUGUUUUAAAUUCUGAAGCUGUUCACUGUUUUAUUUAAUGACACUUAACAAUUUUUUCUUCUAAAUGGAAUUGAAUUGUUGUUAGUUUAAAAUUAAUUCAUGCACUUUGAUCUCAAAUAGAUUUUACUUUCAAUGGAUACACCCAAGAUUAAAUCUACAUUCUUUGAGGGAUCCAUACUGGGAUCUAAAUAUGAAAAACCAAUUAAAAAGGCUUUAAAUAACGUAAUUGCCCUAAUUUUAAUUUGCUCUUGCAGUUUCUUUGCUUGGUUGUCAUUUUUAAUCCUACAACCAUUUUUAAAACCUCUUUUCUGGGCUCUAUUGUGUGGAUCUGUACUUCACCCACUGAAGAAGAGGCUUUCUUCUCACUUCAAAACAUGGAUAAUUUGGUUUGAAGAUACAGAUUUUAGGCUUCCAAUUGUAAUAGGAAUAGUCUCUUGCCCUAUCAAGCUAUUCUUUGAUGUUUCUGAUUAUGUGGGUGAGUUAUUAUGCAAGCAUUGGAUGAAGAUAGUUUGUGGUGUACUUAUGGCAUUUCUUUCUGGAUUAACUUACAACUACACUCCUCAGAUAUUAAUCUGUUUAUCAUGGAAUGUCCUGAAGUUCAUGGUGAAAUUUAUAGAACUUACUACCAGUGUUUUUGAAAAUCCGUCUUUGGUAACAACUGUUGUACUGGCAUUUCUAAUCUCUAUAACACUGUGUUGGGAUCCCAAAUAUGAAAAACACUUCCUCUCAGCAUCAUAUGCUGUUUGGUUUGCCAUCUCAGCCUACACUGCAAGUUACUUCUACUAUGUAAAACUCCCUGCCUUCAUUCUCUUCCAAAUGCUUUUUAUUUCAGGAGUUUUACUCUCACACAAAGUCAAUCUUUCACAGAGUGUUGAUAACUCUCCAGAUGGGAAGAAUGAAUCACAAGAAACCACUAAUGUUGAACAGACCAGUUAUCUGCAAGAAAAUGUCGAUUCUAGUAUUUCGAGCCCAUCUCCAACUAAAAGUCUGCGAAGCUCUGACAAUGUGACAAGACUAUUGCGAAAGUUCCGAUCCUAUACGAGCGAAAACACAAGUGACAUCUACCUCUACUGGGUGUCUGUGGCAUGUGUGGUCACACUGUUCCUACGCUCUGGCUGGUUGCCGUACUGUGUGGCUCUCCUGCUGAUUGUCUAUACAGUCCGCUGCUUGUGCAGAUCGUUUGGUAUCACAGACUUUGUGACUGCUCAAUAUUCAGUGUUAAAGAACUCACUGAAUGAUUGGUACUUGGAUAGAAAGGAGGUUCUCAUUCCAGCUCCAAUUUCAUGUUUAAAUUCGAUAUUCUUGGAAAUGAGGGUUCGUCUGCUCUGUUGGCUUAGAGAAUCAAGUGACUCUGCAUCUUCAGUAAUGGUCAUACUGGCUCUUGUGUUUUGCGUCAUAUUUGGUUCUACAUUCCUAGUCAUACAGGCAUAUACUGAGGGCAUGUACAUGAUGAAGGUUGGAGGUAACGUCAUCAACCAGACAGUGGUACACAACCCGGAACUGACGCAGCUGCUGCCAGAAGGGUGGGAGCACACCGUUGAUUCUGUCCUGAACAAUGCAUACACCUACGGCCGGGAGGCUCUCUCUAAACUGGUAAGAAACAUGAUGACUGGAGUUAGCCAAGAGAAGACAGAAGAACUAGAGAAGAGAGCGCUUGAGGUGUGGGACAGAGUCUAUCAAGCCUGGAUGAUGAGUACGAUAGAGACGGAAUCAGUAGGUCCAAAGGUCACAUCUUCAGCUGUUUACCAAACAUGGGAUCACUUUUUAGAUGCAAUGCAUAAAACGCCAGAACUGGUCAGCAUGAAUGCUCUGACACAGCUGGCACAGAACAAUAUGGCUAUGCUGACGUCAGGGUUGGAGUCUGCGUGGGACCUGAUCCGAGGCAACGCCAGCCUGGUGUUCAGCGCUUUCCUGACUGUUCUUACAGUUGUGUUCUCUCACAGUUUUGCUGUUCUCAACUUCUGCAUCAAUAUGAUUAUAUUCUUGACGGCACUGUUUUAUCUGCUCAGCUCAAGCCAGCAGUUGUACAAGCCAGUUGAAGUUAUGACGGCAGUCAGUCCAGUGUUUGGUGGCCGAAUUGCAUUUGCAAUGGAGAAUGCUGUGAAUGAAGUUCUAACAGGAUCAUUCAAACUGGCAUUGUUUUAUGGAAUGUGGACAUGGCUUAUUCACACACUGUUUCAAAUGAAUAUUGUGUAUAUUCCUUCAGUGUUUGCUGCGAUGUUGGCUGUAGUCCCAGCCCUCGGCACAUACUGGGCCUGUCUGCCAGCUGUAAUAGACCUGUGGUUAGCUCAGGGCAAGAAUAUACACGCUAUCACACUGGCUGUGUGUCAGUUCCUACCUACGCUCUUCGUUGAUGCAACCAUUUAUACAGAAAUAAACGAAGGACACCCGUACCUGACCGGGUUGUCGGUGGCGGGUGGGCUGUUUUGGCUGGGGAUGGAGGGGGCCAUCAUCGGGCCGCUGAUCCUCUGCUGCCUCUACGUAGUUGUCAGCCUCUCCACCGCCGUAAUGCAGGAGGCUACCACCACCACCCCCUUCACCCUCGCUCCACCGACACGUCGCUGACAAUCCUUCUAGUCACUAACUUUCACGUACUCGCUGUUUUAACAUUUUCAACCAUUAUAUUAUUGUUUGUAUUUUUAUACUUUUAUAUAUAACACUCUAUAUGGCAUUUCUUUACUAACACACCUCACAAUUAUAUAAUUAUGCAUGUAAUGAAAGAUUUGUGUGUAAUACAGUUUGUGUUUAUUGUUUUUAAAAUGUUACGUAAUAUGUUACUAUAAAUGUUACAUGCAACACUUCUGCUCUGUAUUAUAAAAUAACUUUAGUGAGCAAAUUAAUGUACUGUUAUUGAUAAAUCGUUAACUUGCUUACACAUAUUUAGUGAUGGUGCUACAGGGAGCAUGUGAUAUUAUAAUAAAAGUAAAGCAGUUUGGGGUAUAUUUCCCUAAGCUUGACUGCUUGGCAAGGUAUUUUAAUGGGGCUUUUAGGAUUAUGAAUAAAUCUUUUAAAAAGUCACUACUAUAAGCAGUGUAUUAGCAUAAGUACAGUUAAUUUAAAUCUGAUUAAUUUAGAUACUAGUCAUUUUUAAUAAAAAAGUUAAUAUCACUGCAUAUUCUCAUCUACCUUAUUCAGUUGUAAAGAAAAUGUAAAGAAAUAUUAUAACCUAAGAACUACUGUAGGCAUCGAACUGGCAAGGUUGUUAUUUUAGGUUCUAUUUUCCAUUUUGGAAUUUUAACUUUGAACACUCAUGAAAAUUACUUUUACGUUGUGAACUGGAUCUAACUUUGUAUUUGAUAUUAUUAAUAUAUUAUUUUGAAUAUAUGUGUGUAUAAAAUGUG